ACACACACACACACACACACACACACACACACACACACACAGAGGCCCCUGAUGACACGUGAACACACACUCGGCGCUCAGAAUGACACAGCUCUGAUCGGAGGGAGGUGAUCUCUGAAAUUGCUCAGUGAGCACCGCUAAUUUCCCUGAUUUACAUAUCGCUGUCAAUCACACUCAAUGGAUUCCAAUCAGAAAGCAAGCGGGGACGGACUGGCGGGGACGCAGAAGGAGGCGGCGCUUCGUUCACUCAUGCAACGAACUGGAUACCAGCUGCGGCAGGAGAACGGUCAGCGGCGGUACGGCGGCCCACCUCCAGGCUGGGACGGCCCCCCACCGGAGAGGGGUAGCGAGAUCUUUGUGGGGAAACUGCCGAGAGAUCUGUUUGAAGAUGAGCUGGUUCCGCUGUGUGAGAAGUUUGGAAAGAUCUACGAGGUGAGGAUGAUGAUGGACUUCAACGGGAACAACAGAGGUUACGCCUUUGUCACCUUCAGCAACAAACAGGAGGCCAGGGCUGCCAUGAAGCAGCUCAACAACUAUGAGAUCAGGAACGGACGCCUCCUUGGCGUUUGUGCCAGCGUCGAUAACUGCCGCCUCUUUGUUGGCGGGAUUCCCAAAACCAAGAAGCGAGAGGAGAUCCUGUCAGAGAUGAAGAAGGUCACCGACGGCGUCGUCGAUGUCAUCGUGUACCCCAGCGCCGCCGACAAAUCCAAGAACAGAGGCUUUGCUUUUGUCGAGUAUGAGAGCCACCGAGCAGCCGCCAUGGCCCGCCGCAAACUGCUGCCAGGUCGUAUCCAGCUGUGGGGUCACGCCAUCGCUGUGGACUGGGCGGAGCCUGAGGUGGAGGUUGAUGAGGAUACCAUGGCAACAGUGAAGAUUCUGUAUGUGAGGAACCUGAUGCUGCAGACGACAGAGGAGACCAUCGAGAAGGAGUUCAACAGCCUGAAGCCAGGCGCAGUGGAGCGAGUGAAGAAGAUUAGAGACUACGCCUUCGUCCAUUUCACUCAGAGAGAGGACGCCAUCAACGCCAUGAAAGCGCUCAACGGGAAGGUGGUGGACGGCUCUCCCAUCGAGGUGACGCUGGCCAAGCCGGUGGACAAAGACAGCUACGUUCGCUACACCAGAGGGACGGGAGGCCGGGGAGGCUCUCUGCUUCAGACCGACUACACCUCCUACACGCUGGGACAGAUGUACGACCCCUCGGCGGCGUACCUCGGUGCGCCGGUGUUUUACGCCCCUCAGGCCUACACAGCCAUACCAGCUCAGUUCCGCUUCCCAGCAGCCAAAGCUCACGUUGGAGGUCGAGGUCUGAUCCGGACGCCGUCGGUCCGAGAAAUUUACAUGACUGUACCUGUAGGGGCUGCGGGGGUGCGGGGACUGGGUGGGCGGGGCUACCUGGCCUACGCUGCUGGGAGCGGAGCCGUGGGGAGAGGCGGUGGUGGUGGUGGUGCCUCCUACGGGCUGAAGGCAGACAAGCAGCAAGAGGAGAAGUUGUACGAUCUUCUGCCGGGAAUGGAGCUGACCCCGAUGACCCCAAACCUGAAGGCCACCGCCGUCAAGCCUGCACCACAGGUUCUGGAGGAGCUCUGUCAGAAGAAUAACUGGGGUCAGCCGGUCUAUCAGCUGCACUCUGCCAUCGGUCCUGACCAGAGACAGCUCUUUCUCUACAAGAUCACCAUCCCAGCUCUGGCUACUCAGUAUCCCAACGUCCAUCCCUUCACCCCUGCUAAGCUGUGCGCGGGCGUAGAAGAGGCUAAAAUUCACGCGGCCGAACACACCCUGCAGACGCUCGGUGUGCAGGCGGAGGGCGCCACCGAUGCCAACUGUGCUACUGCGGCUGCUGUGGCGGCAGUAGCCUUCCCAGGAUACACACUGGCGGGCCCGGCGUCGACGGCGGUUGCCUCCCAGCUGAAGCAGGCCGUAUCUCUGGGUCAGGACCUGACCACCUACACCACCUACGAUGGUUACCCCGCCUUCGCUGUGGCGGCUCGUCACACUGACGGAUACGGUGUUUUCUAGAGCAGCGGUUUCAGAAGAAGAACGCCCACAGGAUGCUUUGAUGCACUUUUCAAACUUCCUGAAAGUACAACAUGAAAUCUGAUUGGCUCGUUAUAGAUACCAGUGCUCAGUCAAACCCAAACAAAAGGAAACAAAUGCGCGCCUUCAUGCUGAGGUCCAAACUCUCCAGAACUCAGCGGUUUGAGUCUCACAGGAAGCCGCUGCCAGAAAACGUCUCGGACUCGUCAGCCCCUUCUUCUUUCUCCACGCGUCGCUCUCUGCUGUCCAGCUUCCUGUAAUCCGAAUCAUGGCCGUGGGUUUCCACGGUUUCGUCAUUGAUUAGGCAGCCCAUGAUUGGCUGUGAUUGGUCGAUUUGAAUUCACGUUUGGAUCGUUUUUUUUCCCUCAUAGCGUGUUUACAGCAUUGAAGUGUAGCUCAGUCAUUUUUUCGCCAUCGCCUUCGUGUCGCUCGGUUUUUUACUGAAGACUUGUGACCCGUGUUUUAAAAAUCUAAGACCAGUAUUUAAGUUCCUGUUUCAGUUUGUUUCAGCCAACAUUUUUAAAAAGCUGUCUUGUAAAACUGCUGUCUUCACCGGCCGGCUCUCCAUCUGAGUCAGAGAAAGUCAGUAAAAUAAAGUUGAAAUGAACCAGUUUAAGUCUCUCAGCCAGCUGAAAAAUGAAGCAUGCUCUCAGUUCAUAUCCCUCCUGAUCUCCAGUUAACAGAAGCUGGAUCAGAAACGUCGUCCCUGCUGUUAGAGUGAAUCCCCAUGAAGAAGUUCAGUUGCUCUUACUUUGUGGAUGUGGAGCUGCUGAAUUCGUUCUGGUGUCUCUGAGGCUUCACUCCAUAAACACCUGCUGAUGCCGUGAUGCUCGUCUCGUCGCUCUUUCAUUGUUUUUUAUCUGUUUUAACUUUUCCUUCAUUCACGUCCACUACCACUAACUGAACCAGAGUUUAUUAUCUCUGGUUUAGUUAAACACUCGGUUAACUAAAGUUACUAAAGCUGGUUCAUGCCUCUAAUAAAAGUUUAAUGAGUUUCCAUGCUUGCUUUGAGGGAGGCGAUUGACCUUUGACCUGUCAGGACACGGCGAUGUCGUUGAUUCGUGUUGACUUUUAUUCUUAAAUGUUUCUGGAGAGUUUUAAUCGACGACACCGAGCUGUGAACGCGCCGAAGCAGAGACAGUAUUAAAGUGUGUGAAGCACUUAGAGCUUAUUUUUAUACCAGGAGAAAGAAUGAAUAUCCUCGCUGUGUUUGUACGAAUGGAUUUUAGUCAUUUUCUGUAAUAAUUGACUAGGAAACUGAAACAUGGGAAACUGAAUCAGUGCUUAUCUGUCGAGCUAAUUCUGCAGGUUUCUCACAUCGUGAAAGGAAAUCGCUGCAACACAUUGUCGAUUUUUAAUCAUCGUCUCAAAAUGAAUAAAAUAAGAUCUAAAUACA